AUGUACAUAGCGCACCAAGUGGCAGAUGCAAUGGCGUACCUGGAAGUGAAACGUUUGCACCAUCUUGAUUUAGCUGGUCGCAAUAUCCUGGUUGACAAUAACCUACUUUGCAAAAUCUCCCAGUUUGGACAUUCCGUCCAGAAAAAGGUUUGA